AAGAGUGAAAAGGGAAGAAGAUACAGCUUGACUCGGAAAAUUAAGCCACUCUAAAGCAAUAAAGUCCGGACUGCAAGAUACCAGCAUUCUCUCUUGUCAACCACCUGCAGGAAAAAAAAACAAUCAAUGGCUACUGUGCUGAAACCCUGGACUGUCCUCGUGGCCCUUGUCCUAUGUGUGCUGGUGUGUUUUGGCACCUUCGUGGACGCCUAUCCACCCAAACCCGAGAACCCCGGGGAGGACGCACCGCCCGAAGAACUGGCUAAAUAUUACUCUGCUCUCAGACACUACAUAAACCUCAUCACAAGACAGAGGUAUGGAAAAAGGUCUGCACCUGAGGGCAUGAUGGCAGAGCUGCUGUUCGGAGGGGAACAUGACCAGAGGUCACGAUCUGAUGGUUCCUACAUGUGGUGAUCCCUGUCUCAGCCCCCUCCCUACCCAGCAUUCCUCUCGUCGCAUCACCCAUGCUGACGGUUCAAGCAGCAACCUGGCUCCCAUAUCCCACCCAACAACCAGCCACUACUACUGAACCAUCGCUGUCACUCAGUGCAUGUAGUCACUCAGUCCUCUC